AUGUCUUCAAAUUCAACUUUCACUGCAGGUAUCAACUGUGAACUAGAAAUCAAUGAAUGUUUGUCAGAACUUUGUCUGAAUGAUCGUGCCUGUCAUGAUACUCUAGGUGGCUAUUACUGUUCCUGCCCCCUUGGCUUCCUUGGUGAUCACUGUGCCAUCAACAAUGAUGAAUGUGUAAGUCAACCAUGCCUCAAUGGGGGGCAGUGCGUAGAUUCUAUCAAUGGAUAUAGCUGCAAUUGCACAGGCAAUGGAUACAUGGGUCUACACUGUGAAAUACGUGUUCCCUUCUGCUGGUCACAUCCGUGUCAUAAUAAUGGUACCUGUGAAGAUACCACAGAGAGUUACAUGUGUCACUGCUGGCCAGGGUAUAUAGGUUCUCACUGUGAAAUAGGCAUCAAUGAAUGUAGCAGUAAUCCAUGUCUCUGUGGGAGGUCAUGAUCAAAUUGGUAUGGAAAAAUUCCAGAACUACCCUCAGUGUUCAGCUACCAUAAAGCAUCAGGUUAUGUGUGCAACUGUCCUUCUGGAUUCACAGGCAUUCACUGUGAAGAUGACAUCAAUGAAUGUCACAUGAGCCCUUGUCAGAAUGGAGGGACCUGUGAAAAUUCUUUUGGGGGUUAUACCUGCCAUUGUCUCACUGGAGAGAAAGAUGGGAUAUUUUAUGGUGGUCAGAACUGUACAGAAAUCCUCUUUGGCUGUGUUCAACAUAUAUGUCAGAAUGGGGGAUUAUGCAUUCCUCAUUUAAGAAAUGGACAACAUAGAUUUAAUUGCAUAUGUUCAGCUGGCUACACAGGAGUACACUGUGAAACCACAACAACAUUGUCUUUUCAGGGAAAUGGGUAUCUUCAGGUAAACAGUGUUGCAGCCUCCUCCAAGGACUAUUUUUAUAACAUAAACCUUAGUUUUUUGACUGUUCAGCCAACAACUUUGAUAUUUUACCGAGGGGACAAAGACACAUUCGUGAAGCUGGAGCUACAGAGUGGCUGUUUAUACUUAUCCAUGCAAGUCAACAAUCAACUGAAGGUCUUUUUACAUAUAGCCUAUAAUGUCAAUGAUGGUGAAUGGCAUUCAGUGGAAGUCAUCAUAGCCAGAGCAGUAACACUGAAGUUACACAAGAGCUCUUGCACAGAAUCAUGUCUUAGUCAAACUGCUGCCAUAGUAGAUAGCAGGGAGGCAGUGAUUGCUUUUCAAACCGUAUUUUUGGGUGGCUUGCCGGUAGGGAACAAUGGCUCUCUACUAAAUAUCAACAAUACGCAUUCUGCACCUUCAUUUGUAGGCUGCCUUCAGGAUGUAGAAGUGGAUUUCAGCAUUAUUAUCCCAGAGAACUUAUCAUCGGACACAUUUUUAAACAUCAAAUCAGGCUGUGUUAAAAAAGAUUGGUGUGAGUACCAACCUUGUCAAAAUAAGGGCCGUUGCAACAACUUAUGGCUGAACUAUCAAUGUGAUUGCUACCGGCCUUAUGCUGGACCAAACUGUACUACAGAAUACAUUCCAGGAAGAUUUGGUCAUGAGGAAACCACUGGGUAUGCUGCUUUUUCCAUAGAAGAAAGUCAUGAAAAUGUCACAAUAUCAAUGUUUGUGCGAACACGCAAGCUUUUUGGCUUCUUAUUGGGUCUAGAAAGAAACACAUCCCUAUUUCUCAAGGUCUGGCUAGAAGAUGGGAAACUUGCAAUGUCAGGUCCACACUCCAACAAAUUCUUAAGUAUGCAGAUUAUGAACGAUGGAAAUUUCUAUUUCAUUUCUUUAAAAAUGGGGCCAAAUACGAUGGACUUGUUCCAAUCAUCAAAAAGGUUGGGCUCUGUUUCUACAUCCUUAAGAAAAAUACACAGAAGGGAUGUUCUCUACAUUGGUGGAUUACCAGACAAGCAAGAAACCAUUUUAAAUGGUGGCUUUUUCAAAGGCUGCAUUCAAGAUUUAAGACUUGGCAACCACCCACUUGAAUUUUACCCACUCACUACUUCGCUGAAUUCUGUCAGCAGCAAAAGCACCCUGAUCAAUGUAGUUGCAGGAUGCAUUGGAGAGGACCUCUGCAAGUCCGCUCCAUGCCAGAACGGCGGUGUUUGCUAUUCAAUCUGGGAUGACUUCACUUGUACUUGUCCACCAAAUAUGGCUGGGAAAGCUUGUGAAGAAGUGAAAUGGUGUGACUUCAGUCCUUGCCCUCCUGAAGCCCAAUGUCUGCCGGUGUAUCAAGGAUUUGAAUGUAUCUCCAAUGCCAUUUUUAAUGGCAGAAGCAGUGCCAUCUUUUAUAGAAGCAAUGGGAAGAUCAGGAGAGACCUCACUAAUAUAACCUUUGGUUUUCGGACUCAAGACUCAGAUGUCAUACUACUUUAUGCCGAGAAGGAGCCAGAAUUCUUCUCUAUCAGUAUUCAGGAUACCAAAUUGUUGUUUCAGCUGCAGAGUGGUAAUACUUUUUUUACAUUGAGCCUGGCUAGUUUCCUAUCUGUGAAUGAUGGGAAGUGGCACAAGGUCACCUACUCUAUGACAGAGCCACUCUCUCACUCAUCAAGAUGGCGUAUUGAUAUAAAUGAUGAGAGAGACCAUGCCAUGAGUACUGUUGCCACUGGAAACCUUAACUUCCUAAGAGAAGGCACAGAUAUCUAUCUGGCUGACAAAGCUUUUGAUAAAAAAGAUGGACUGAGAGGGUGCAUGAGCACUGUGGAGAUUGGUGGAAUUCAUCUCUCUUACUUUGACAAUACUAAAAAGCCACAAGAAGAGCAAUUUCUCAAGAUCUCUGCCAAUUCUGUUGUCACUGGAUGCCUUAAGCUGGAUGCCUGCCACUCAAAUCCUUGCUUGAAUGGCGGGCUUUGUGAAGAUUUUUACAGCUAUUUUCACUGCACAUGUGCCAAAGGAUGGACUGGAUCUCGGUGUGAAUUCAGUGUUGAUGAAUGCUCCUCAAACCCUUGUCUCCAUGGAAAUUGCAGUGAUGGGAUAUCAGCUUACAAGUGUGUAUGCGAUCCUGGAUACAGAGGAACUAGGUGUGAAGAAGACAUAGACGACUGUUUUGGACAUCUCUGUGGAAAUGGCGCCACGUGUGUAGAUGGCAUUAAUGGCUAUUCAUGCCUCUGCACUGGGAAUUUCACUGGAAGAUUUUGCAGACACAUACGAAUGCCUUCAACACUGUGUGGGAAUGAGAACAGAAAUAUCACCUGUUACAAUUAUGGCAACUGUACUGAGUUUGAAGGACGCUUAGAGUGCAUGUGCCUCGCAGGCUUUGCAGGGUUACAAUGUGAAGUGGACAUCAAUGAAUGCAACUCUAAUCCAUGCCUCAAUGGGGGCCUUUGCCAGAACCAGUUCAACAAAUUUUACUGUAUCUGUGAUGUGAAUUAUGCUGGUGAUCGCUGUGAGAUAGAUCUGACAGAUGACCUAUCCUUCAAUAUAUUCACCUCCAUUGGCACAGUGACCUUGGCCUUGUUACUGAUCUUUCUUCUGGUAGUCAUAAUUUCCAUCAUAACUGCCAAUAAACGUGCCACCCAAGGGACUUACAGCCCCAGUCGCCAAGAGAAGGAGGGAUCCCGAGUUGAAAUGUGGAACAUGGUGCAACCUCCGCCCUUGGAAAGGCUAAUUUAACUGAAAUUAAUAAUGAUUUUCUCAAUCGAUAACAUAAAACAAAAAGAUGAUUUUGGAUACCACAGUAGAAGCCUUUAAGACUACACGGAUUUCUGCCAUUAAACUCAGAAACCUUGUUUAUUAAUCAAAGGAGGAUUCAAGAUUGCCUGAGACUUUUCAGCUUUGCCUUUCUGGUGGUAGCCUUUUGCAAAUUCAAUGCCUGUGGAAGGAGGAGAAUUUUUUAAAAAGCCAAAUUAUCCCUCUGUCCUUGCAUGGACAAGAAGGUACUUUGACAUGCAAGAUUUCAUUCUAGAAAGCAUUCAUGAUAAAAGUGGCUGGAUGCCAUAUCUCAUUUUAUGGACAUUGUUAUUCAUUGCAUUGAACAUUAUACUUACACUACAAUCAACUUUCAACUGGAAUGGUUCCUGGGAUCUGUGUUAAGUGCCUGCAUUUCAGAUGUGACUGAAAGCCACUUGUUUGGGUCUCUUUCUCUUCUGGCCAUCAUUGCAGAAGAAUGUUGUCACAUAAUGUUCCAUGUAUACUCCUUGUCCUUCACAUACUUCUAUACAGUCUUUAGAAGUAGAGGUGUUUAUCUGCAGUACAUCAACUUAAAUUCUUUAAGUAGGAAUUAAGUCAACAUUACGGGGAAAAGCUCUUCUUGCAGCAAAAUAAAACUUUAAAACCAUUCUUCUCUUUGAUGUGUUUUUGUCAUCUUAAAGACUUGUAGAUGCAUAGAGGCAUA